UUUUCAGUCCACCUCACACUAACUAUCAUCAUGUUCAUCGACCCAGUCGAGUUUUUCAUGAUCUCCUCAACUUCUUUGAAGAAACUGAUCUGCCACUACUUUCCAAAGGAACUUCUUCCAACAAAGUGGGAAUGCACGGAUAAGAAUCCACUGAAGAACAUUCAAAAUCUCAUCGACGCCUCCAACGGAAAACUGAUGGUGUACGGUUCCGCAAGAGAGAUCUACGAUAACUUGAACUUGUUCCGUCGUUUUCCUGGAAGUCACCAUAAAUUUCAAUUUGAUACGACCGAGGUCUACACAAAAGAGCCGAUCUUCUACCAGAGUAUGAAGCGAAUUCCCUAUAUCUACAAGCAAGAUUAUUUUGUGAUCCUUCAAUCGAUUAUUUCUACAAGUCCAUUGAGAAAAUUUGAGACGGAAUUUUCAUUAGCCACUAUUACGGCUUAUCUGAAAAUGAAAGAGCUUUCACUACCUGCUCUAAACGAAAUGGUCCCAUAUUGUGCUGUAAGUGCAGCCCUGCUACAAACCGGAAUUCAGGACAUUCAACAUAAAUUCAACGAUUAUCUUGAAAAUCCGCUGUUGCAAUUGGAGUUCAAGAAGCAUACCUUUGAGGAGUUGUUUGUACAAUGGAAGCAGAUAAAUCCACUUUUUGAAAUGGAAAGCAUUCACGAUUCGUUACAAGAUUUGCUGAAGAAAUUCAUUGCCAGAAAUCCAAUAAGAGACAAUGAGGAUGUCUUCAAAAGAGUGUUUGCGUGGAGUCAGCUCGUCGUCCUCCAACUGGACAUAUUCGUCAGAGACUGUGAAACGUUGUUCAAGCCCAAACCCUCAACGAAACCAAUUGUUCGCAUUUUCGACGAUAAACCAAACAAAUUGAUAAUGGCUUACGAACUUCUAGAUGCGAUGAAACAAGCACAAAUGGAUGUUUCAAAACUUGAAGAAGAAGUUCUCGAAAUGCCAGAAUUGUCUACAUUCACUUAUCAACAAGUGGCGAGUCGGAUUUCACCACAAGAUAUGCGAACGAUUGAGUUUGUGAUCACUCCAAUCACCGUUGCCAAGUAUGCAGCGACUCCAAUUCCAACUAUCAACAAAGGGGAAUAUUGCAUUCUGGCGUCGGAUUUCUUGUUCAAUCUUCUGGGAAAUAUGAUCACCGCCAAGAAAAUGUUUCAGAGAAUUGAGCCUUCUCAGCUGAAUGUGAUCCGAGAGUUUUUCAAUUUUGUCGAUAAUCAUUUUGACUUUACCUAUGGUAUUCAAUUUAUCGAUCUGGAACUCGUCGAAAUGAUCAACAGUGAAUUGGAUACUUUCCACAGAAUGCUUACAAUUUCUAGCAAAGGACCAAGUGACAUUCGUGAUAGGCAACAGGAGGGAUUUACAAAAACCGAUUUGUCAAAUGAACUCAAGCAUCUGAAGCUCGACUUGAUCUUCCCAGAAAUUUGUGAGCUUUCUGAGUUUUACUUUGUGCAUUUGACAAAAACGCUGAAAAUUGAAAAGCUGUCAACAUCUGAUGUUUACGGAAUAGUUGAGCAUCUUCAAAUUGAUUGCCUUGCUCGGAGAUUUCCAAAACUGGCUGAGUUCAUUCACAGUCAACUUGUGUGCUCUCGAAUCUUUGGUUACCAAUGUCAAAAAUGCUUUCAACCAAAGGAACCAAAAGUCGCUGGAGUGGAAGCAGUUGAAAUCGAGUCCAAAAAAGAAUUAACAAUUGACGAUUCUGCUGAAACAAUGAAAAGGAAGAUUACAUUGGAAUUCGCAAAUAAGGUUAAAGAAACUCUAGCACAGCUCUCUGAUUUGAAAAAUGAAAAGCCCAAGAAGUCCAAAAAGCAGAAGCCAUCUCAACAAUUAGUUCCUGAAAAAGUAAAAAGUAACCCAGAUCCGUGCCAAAAAUGCUUCAGAACCAGCGAGUAUCACAAUAAAACUAAAGAAGACUUUCGAUUGGAAAAAAUCGAGACAAAACGGCUCAGAAAAGCAUUGAAGGAAAGUCAGAAAGAGAGCGAAGAGAAAUCACAAAAUAUUGCCGAGAAAGAUCAGGAAAUGUUGCUUUUAAAAGAACACGUAGAAUCAAUUCAACGAGAGUUUCUCAAGUACAAAUCUGAUAUGAAUAACGUGAAUAAUGAAACAAUUCGCCUUCAGACUACGCAACUUCUAGAACAUCAACAGGCUCUAGCACAAAAAUCGUUAGAGGUUAUUGAACAAAAGGAUGAAAUUCUACAUUUGAAAGCGCAGAAUCAGUCUCAACAAACUGUAAUUGCUCAGCAAGAAAAAUCGAUUAAAAGCCUGAAGGAAAAAAGUCAGCAACUUGAAGAAAAACGUUCCAUAACCAACAAUACUCAAAGAUUACUUGAAGAAACUGAAAUCAUUCAUAAAAUUUUAGUCGAUACUCUGAAAGCUCAGGAAAUUUUUGAGUCAGAGAGUCCACUGAACAAGAUAACUGUCAUGACCUCAAGAAUUUGCGAAACGUCACAGGAUCCGGAAACCAAGAGCAUUGCUAAACGUGAAUUCAGAUACUUUGCACGUCAAAUUGAAGGCUAUAGAAGGUCUCUGAAGAAGCGAAUCAACUCGAUGAAAAAUGAAACAAUCAGAAGCGACGAUAUUCCAGAGCUCCGAGAGUUUCCAACAUUCUCUGAUGAAUUUGUGAAAGCUUAUAAAGACACGUUGAAAAAAGAUGCUCCACUUAUCUGUGCUCCACUGCUCAAACUUCCAGAGACAAUUAAAUCAGAUGAACUUGACGAUAAGGAAUGCCUAGUUUGUCUGGAAGAUAUGGUUAAGAAUCAGGAUACCGUGAAGUGCUCGACAUGUAAACGCCAAUAUCACACCACUUGUGUUCAAAAAUGGUUCAAAAUCAAGCGAAUUUGUCCAACUUGUAAUGCGGGACUUUUGGAUGAAAACGAGUUCCCAGCACUCUCCUGAUAUUUCUGUGAUAUUUUCUGAACAGUAUUUUUUGUUGUUGUUUGUGUCUUGCUUCUCAUAAUAAAUAAUAAAUUUUUAAAAA